GGCUGGUUUAUUCUAAUAACCAAACGUCCAACCCGGAAAAGAGAAAAGUCUUCAGUAAUCCGAUCACACUAAACAAUUAGACGAUAGCGUGAGAGUCUCGUGCACGCCGGGGCUUUCUAAAUACCCGCUGCUUGCUGAAGUUUUGAGAAAGUUUCUGUGCCAUGGAUGUCCGUGCCGGAGAGCCGGGCUCUCCGUAGCAGCUGCGGGGCGCUGGCUGCGCGCACGGCGGUGAUAUGUGAUAGGGGCAGCAUGCCGUACAUUGAUCGGCUGAACCGUGUGUGCGGCUUUCUGGACAUUGAAGAAAAGGAGAACAGCUGCCGCUUCCAGAGACGAUACUUCAUCCUUGACACGCAGGGAAAUGCUCUGCUUUGGUACAUGGACAAUCCGCAGAACCUGCCCAGUGGAGCCAGCUUUGUUGGGAGCCUGAAGUUAACUUAUAUCUCUAAGGUGAGUGAAGCUACACAAAAGCAAAAGCCCAAGACAGAGUUCUGCUUCGUCAUAAAUGCAGUUUCACGGCGGUACUUCCUCCAAGCCAAUGAUGGGACUGACAUGAAGGAUUGGGUAGCCGCUCUGAACAGGGCCAGCAAGAUCACUGUUCCUAAGGCAUGCCCUGCGCCUCCAAGGUCUGACGUGACCACAGUGAUCAGUGACACUCAGGGAGGGAAGAAGCAGCACGCUUACAAGACUGAGAUCAUUGGUGGAGUGGUGGUGCACACGCCCAUCCAGAAUGAGAGUGAAGAAACAGAUGGGAGGGAUAGAAAAGGAAACAGACCUGGUGUGCUGAGAUGUGGUUAUUGUGUCAAACAAGGAAAUGUGAGAAAGAGCUGGAAGAGACGGUUUUUCACCCUUGAUGACAAUGCAGUCAGCUACUACAAGUCUGAGAUGGAAAAGGAGCCUCUCCGAGCUAUUCCACUGAGAGACAUUCAGAAGGUCCACGAAUGCCUUGUCAAGUCAGGGGACCUCCUGCUUCGAGACAACCUUUUUGAGAUCAUCACCAGCUCCAGAACUUUCUACAUUCAGACAGACUCUCCGGAGGAGAUGAAUGGAUGGAUCAGGGAUGUUGAAAAGAAGAUCCAGGAGUUCAGAGGUCCCCCAAGGGUGUCUUCGUUCAAACGCACGGCUUCUCUCUAUCAAAGCCAGAAUGCCUCCCGUGCAUGCCGAGCUCAACAGAGUGAUGAGCGGAGACCUCAGCUGGCCAAGUCCUGCUCUGUGGCACCGGGCUGGCAGCCCUGGACACCCGUCCCAGUGUGUGAGCCCUCCAUCCUGGACGCUGAGGAUGAAGAUGCUGUUUUCAGCUCCUUGCCCACUGGGCCUUCUCUCUCCUCGUCCACCUCCUCGUCCACCUCCUCCUCCUCCAAUUCCCUCUCCACCCCAGUCUCUUUUCCCGGUGCAUCUCCAGCUCCUUCCACGAGUGGGUUGGGGAUCCUCACUGCGUCAGCGGAUGCGGCCAGUGGGCGGCGGCGGCACCGCUCACAGCCUCAGCCCCACACAACCUGCAGCUUCCCCUUCAACAUGGAUGACGACAGCAUUCGCACCACAGACGUCUAGUACAGACAGGUCUGUCCAGACCCCUGUGUGGACUAAAGUAUUGGUACCUUUUUUGUAAUAAUGAAUGUGACUGGUAACGAUAGUAUUCCCUGCUAAUGAAGAACACUGUAACCACCUGCCGCAGUAUCACGGUGUGAGAUUGAGGCCCCCUGCUGGUGCUGUAGCUGUUUUGCAGAUGAAGGAUGUGCCCAGCUGGGACAAGGUUAAGAGGCGGUGUUUGUUCUAAACAGGACUGUGAAAAAGGUAUGAUGGGGUGUUUUUCAUGCAACUUCCUCUAAAAACUUGAAUAAUCUUGUUAGUUGUUCUAAUAGAGUAAAAAAAUUAUGGCACAUGCUCUCAGCCUGUUGCACUUGGCUCUUGUUGCAUUUUUAUCACUGUCACCUUGAGUUUUUACUCUGCUUCUAAGUAUUCUUGAAGAUGUUUUUAAAGACAUUUUAACAUAUUUGUAUCUUUCAUCUUUUUAAUUCAAACUUCUUUAAAAAAAAAUGCUGUUAGAUAUUCCAGACACUUCUCAUAUCUUUUGGGCCCAGCAGUGUUUUUCCUGCGUUCCUACAGAGACACACAUUAUGUGAAGAACAUCUUAUAGUUAACAAGCAUUUUACUCCUAAAAACGUUUAUGUUUCAUGCCGGGUUUUGAACCAGGGCUUUUAAUAAAAGGCUUCAAGAUCAACUGUCAGUAAACUGUGACCGCCCUCUGAGUUUUAGCACGGUACCAUAAUUAAUACUGCAGUAUUUCAAUGGUACUUGUUGUAAAAAGUACUGCUAGCAUCAAGCUUUUAUUGCACCAUUGUGUGGGAAGUUUUGCCACUACUUUUGGUAAUUUAUCUUUGAUUCUGCACUAUGCAUUUUGUAUUUUUGCUUGUACAUUUUUAUUCUUUCUUUCUUUCUUUUUUUUUUUACUUUUAUGUCUCAGCUUUCAGAGGUUAUAACUACAGGUUUCCCAGGUACUAGAGGUUGUGACACCAGAGGCCAGAUGCAUUUAAAAAAAAGUAACAGAAUUCAACAUAAAACAAAACAGACAGUUUCACUGGAGAAACAUGGUGGUGAUUUGUUUUUCUGGCUUUAUUCUUAUUACUCAUUUGAUUGUGGCUCCUCCAUCCAUCCAUCCUGCAUGCUUAUUCCUUUUCAGGGUCACAGGGAUCUGCUGGAGCCCAUCCCAGCCCUCUGGGUGAAAGGCAGGGGUUCCAUAGCAGAUUAUGGGUCCUAUAAAUAAUAAAUGAGACUUAUACAACCAAAUCAAACAGUCAAUAUAACUCAGACCACACCAAUAAGUGUCUCAUUUUCAAACUUGCCAAGAUGGUUUUUACUUUGCUGUUACUUAAGUCAUUAUGUCUCUUUCAUUUCAGUAUCAUGAAAAAUGUGUUACAUGCAAGAGUCUCUUCAUCCACUCGUGGCUCAAUAUUAGGAUUCUGCACAUGGUCAAAUUAAAAGAUGAAACCAUGCAUGUCUGCAUUAGUACAUACAUACACUCAGUUUUGCUCAUGAAACAACAGAAUUUAAAGUAUCUGGCCCCUGUUGUCUCACAGAUGUGGCACUAUGCUCAUUCCUGUUUCUGCUCUGAAAGUGUAUGUACUCCUCUGCUUGUGUGUCAUGUUAAUUUUCUUUCUUGUACAUUAAAUGAUGCUUUUUAUUUGUA